UAUUUCAGCCAAUAAGAAGAUUCGAAUCUAUUUAACAGAACAUUCCAAAUUACAAUCCGCAUCAAAUUAUAUUACAAAAAUCCCAAGAAUAAUUCCAAGCAUCCUUCAAAUUUCAAAAACUCACCUUAAAAACCCACCUUCUUCUCCCACUAAUCUGCCCAAAAAACUUGGACCCAACACCAAAAACAUAACCAAAACUGUAACAAAUUUUAAGAACAAACACACAAAUCUUCAAUUCUCCAUAACCAAAUUCAACCGUUGAGUAAUGGGUAUUCCUCAAAAUUCAAAAUUUCUUCAUGCUUGAUUUGGGUUUUUCAUCAAACGUUCAAGAUUUCAUCUUUUUUACUCCAAAUCUCCGGCGGUCGGAGAAAGAUAUUAGACCGUUGGAUAAAACUGAGUAUUGAGAAAAUCUUAUUCUUUUGUUGGGUAUAUAUCUUUUGUGAGAUGGUGAUGUCAGUAGUUUCACCAAAAAGAUCAUCUUUAAGUUCUGUAUUUUCAAGAGUUGGAGGUUAUUAUUAUGGUAGUAAUAGUAAAAAAAGGUGUUCAUCAUUUUACCCAUCUUCUGUUUCUUCAACUACUUCUUCUUCUUCAAUGGUAUAUGAUACAAUGGAAGAUGAAGAUGGGACAAUGGAGAUGGUACAACUUGGUGCUGAUCGUACAAAAAAUGUGUUAAUCUUGAUGAGUGAUACAGGUGGAGGUCAUAGGGCUUCAGCUGAGGCUAUUAGAGAUGCUUUUAAGUUGGAGUUUGGUGAUGAAUAUAAUAUUAUAAUAAAGGAUGUAUGGAAGGAGUAUACUGGUUGGCCAUUGAAUGACAUGGAAAGACAAUACAAAUUCAUGGUGAAGCAUGUACAACUUUGGAACCUUGCAUUUCACAGUACUUCACCCAAGUGGAUUCACUCCAUGUACCUUGCUGCUAUUGCUGCCUUCUAUGCCAAGGAAGUAGAGGCGGGUUUAAUGGAAUACAAGCCAGAUAUUAUCAUCAGUGUUCAUCCUCUAAUGCAACAUAUUCCUUUAUGGGUACUCAAAUGGCAAGGACUUCAAAAGAAAGUGAUCUUUGUAACAGUAAUCACUGAUCUCAACUCUUGUCAUAGGACUUGGUUUCAUCCUGGUGUCAAUAGAUUGUAUUGUCCCUCAGAGGAGGUUGCAAAGAGAGCUUCCUUAGAUGGUCUUGAAGACUCUCAAAUCCAAGUUUUUGGGUUGCCUGUUAGACCUUCUUUUGCUCGCGCAAUUCUGUCAAAGGACGACUUGAGAGUAGAGCUCGAGUUGGACCCAGACCUGCCCGCAGUUUUGCUAAUGGGAGGCGGUGAAGGGAUGGGUCCUGUAAAGAAGACUGCCAUAGCUCUCGGAGAUUCAUUGUUCGAUAAACAACUCGAAAAGCCAAUUGGUCAGUUGAUCAUUAUAUGUGGCCGUAAUAGAUCCUUAGCUUCUACUCUUGAAUCAAUGGAGUGGCAAAUCCCUGUUAAGGUAAGAGGAUUUGAGAAACAAAUGGAGAAAUGGAUGGGAGCUUGUGAUUGCAUUAUUACAAAGGCAGGACCAGGUACGAUUGCAGAGGCGUUAAUCAGGGGACUUCCAAUCAUUCUCAAUGACUACAUUCCUGGACAAGAGAAAGGCAAUGUACCAUAUGUGGUAGAGAAUGGUGCGGGUGUUUUUACACGUAGUCCUAAGGAAACAGCCAGAAUAGUAGCAGAAUGGUUCAGCAACAAGCAAGAUGAACUGAAGAAGAUGUCAGAAAAUGCCCUGAAAUUGGCAAAACCUGAGGCUGUGUUUGAGAUUGUAAGGGAUCUUCAUGAACUUGCAGCACAACGUGGGCCGUUAGCUAACUUGCCUUACAUGCUAACUUCCUCAUUCACAUGUUUAAUUUAGUUUCAUUUUUAGUGUCUUAAUCAUCAUUAUCUAUUGGAUUAAGAAGGUCCAAUUCUUUGUUUUUGUAGGAAGAUUUAUCAUGUAUAGUUAGUUAUUUGGUAAAAUCUCAUUCUUUUAGCCAUCAAAAUCAAUUUGUAAAAAAAAAAAAAAAAGUUUAGGGCUCGUAUCACAAUCAGUUGUCAUGUUUUAGUUUUAAGUUAUUAAAACUGACAAUACAAAAAAAAAAAAAAAAAGAACGAUAACAGAUAGGCCCUUAGAUAGUGGCGAUCUGAUUCCAAUUAAGGAUAAAAGUCUGAAUAUCCUAAUGGUUGAGGAUUUUAGGGUUGUUUUAGUUGAAUGAUUGGGACAUGUUUAGUUCCUAAUUUCCAACUUCCAUAUUAUUCUAUCUUGACUUUUUAUUUUAUCUGGAUAUUGUACAAGAUAUGAAUUAAGCGUGUAUUUUGCAUUGCAGCUUGGUUUGAAAUCAUUGUUUCUCCUUUGUUUUAAUAAAAUAUUUAUACAUAUUUUAUUAAUUUCAAUUUUCACAA